AUGGGCUCCGUUGCGACAGAUGAACACAAGACCACUCGCGACCCAGAUUUGAGCGCCAAAGCUCGUAGAAAAUGGGAAGCAGAACCUGUCAAUGAACAUGUGCCACCACCGGUCCGGGAUCUCACAAUCGAAAACAUCACGCCCAAUGUCGUCGCCGUGAACUCCAAUGUCAAAGAUAACCCGAGACUACAGUACAUUAUUACCAAGCUUAUCCAAGUUUCUCAUGACUUCAUCAGAGAUGUCAAUCUUAACUUUGACGAAUGGACAACAGCUUGGCAGUUCUUGACGAAGGUCGGACAAAUUUCGGACGACGUUCGACACGAGAUGGUGCUUCUUUCUGAUAUCCUGGGUAUAUCAGCUCUUGUUGAUGCCAUUUCAUAUCCGCACAUACCGGGCUCAACUGAGUCAUCGAUCCUGGGACCUUUCCACGAUGAGGUCGGACAACUUGUUGAGAACGGCUCCGCCAUCAUCAAGGAAGAUACCUUCGGUGAGGCCACUCUCGUCAGAGGACAAGUUCGUUCCACAAGUGGAGUGCCUGUGAAAAAGGCCCUGCUCGAUGUUUGGGAGACAGAUGGUCAUGGUGUUUAUGACCUUGAGUAUGCGGAGAAGGAAGGCCCGGACUGCCGCGGCAAGCUUUACACGGAUGAUGAGGGCAAGUACGCAUUCACAUGUGUGAGGCCAAUUCCAUAUCCAAUCUCCAAUGAUGGGCCUGUUGGCGAAUUGCUGCGCACGCUGAAUCGACAUUGGUACCGACCAGCUCACAUGCAUUUCUUGAUCCUACAUCCAGACUACAACAAGCUCAUCACGGCACUUUAUUCAAGAGACAGCAAAUACAUUGAGAGUGAUACUGUCUUCGGAGUCAAGUCAAGCUUGAUGGUCGACUAUGUGUUUACGGAGGAUUCAGAGCUGGCACGGCGAUAUGGCCUGAAAACCUUCAAGAAGGAGGUCGAUGGGAAAGAACGAGAAGGAUUUUGGCUGUUGGAGUUCGACUUUAUUCUUACCGAAAAGCAGGACCCUCCUCCACCGAAAUUGCACGAUUAG